UAUACACACAUUCUUUAGUUGCUGAGCUAGUAGUGGAGCAGCUAGGCUUCUCAAGAUGUUGACUUUGUUCAAGUUGUAACUAAUAGCCAGACUACUGAAAUUUUAAACCAGGCUUUUUCAAGUCGAAUACCCCUUGGCUGUCCGGGCACUAAUGAUGUUGGACGAUUUGAUGCAAGUCAAUUAAUAUCUCCACAUGUUUAAUUCAUGAUCUUCCUUUAGAUACUUGUUUCUGGUAAAGUAGUUGUGUCUCAUUCAUAUCAAAAUGAUGCACCAGUUCUUACUUUUAAUGUAUUUAAUGUUGAUGAUAUUAAUGACGUAAGUCUCUGUAAUGUGUCAUUUCGUUAUACAUUAGUUACAGAGGUCAUCAGAACGUGCGCCGUUAAUUCUUUUGACCAAUAUUUUCCAAGAGAAAAACUUACUGAAGGUAGUUUCAAUCCAACCCAUAUCUUUUUGGUAACCUGGAAUCUUACUCAAAGUAUCUUAAGCUCUGGUGGUAAUGAAAUUAGUGAUUUUACUUCUCCUCGUAACAUUUUUCAAAUGGCUUAUAUACAUGAUGGAAAGCGUGCAUUAAUCUUUUAUCUCUAUGAUACCAUUCAAUGGGGCAGAGACACUGCUACAAUAGGCUUACAAGCCUGUGGUAGCAGUCCUAAUGGAACAUGGAAUAAUGCUCCUGCUUCUGGUCAAGUUGCAGCUUCUCAAUCCAAUCUUGCCACUAAUAGAAGUGGAGAAUGGCUCCUUUAUUUGAAUGGGACAGGCCAUCUUACUCCUGCAGUCGUCUGUAAGACCGGUUGCAGUUUAACAAAUGGUUAUUGUACUGAAAGAGAUACAUGUCUUUGCAGAGAGGGUUGGUCAGGUGACCUUUGUACCGUUGCCAUCUGCUCUCAAGGCUGUGUUAAUGGUACAUGCACAGCCCCUGAUACUUGUGAAUGCAAUGAUGGAUGGCUUGGUCCCAGUUGUAAUACGGCUAGAUGUUACUCUGCAUGCAUUAAUGGCAGAUGCAUAGAUCCAGAUGUUUGCUCUUGUCAUCCCGGAUUUGAGGGACAAAACUGCACUACAGCUAUCUGUUCCCAAGACUGUGGUGCUUAUGGUUUCUGCACAAGACCUAAUCACUGUUCCUGUAUUUCUGGCUAUACAGGUGGGAGUUCUCCCUGCACUCCAGUUUGCACUAAAGCGUGCCUCAAUGGAGGGAACUGCACUGCACCAGAUACUUGUACAUGCCCGCCUGGACUUACCGGUCCUAUUUGCAAUACAACAAUUGUCCCUAUCCCUACCUCCACUUCUAGUUCUGCAGUAGUAACCAUGAUGAUGACAGAGUCACCAUCACCUUCUAUGACUGAGCCUACUACUGAUGAACCUACUGAUGAAGUUACCACCGCUGCUUCUGGGAGUCAAUUAUCUUCUUCAACUAUCAUUGCAAUUAUUGGUGGGAUUGUUGCUCUCAUUGUCGCUGUUGUUAUUUAACCUGUCAUUAUCAUCAUAGCCGCUAUCUCUUGUUGAAACUAAUAAUUAUUUUUAAAUGUUGAGUGAUCAUGCACAUUUACUUUUGUGCUAAUAAUAAUUAAAUUUACAU